CCAUCAUAAAAGAAUCAGAUAAUAGCCUGAAUAUAGCAAUGGCAGCUGCCGCAAAAAUGCUGGUGUCGGACAUAGUCUCCGGCGGCAUAAGCGCCGUUCCGGCCAACUACGUCCGGCCAAUCUCCGACCGCCCCAACCUUCAAGUCGUCCACGACGACUCCACGAUUCCCCUCAUAGACCUUCUUCCCCUCAUCUCCACCUUUCCCGACGACCGCGACCGCCGCCGCCAAGUUAUCAGAGACAUAGCCCAUGCCUGCCACAACUAUGGCUUCUUUCAGGUUAAGAAUCAUGGGAUCCCAGAGACAGUGAUCGAUAACAUGUUAACAGUUGCAAGGGAAUUUUUCAAGAUGCCAGAAAAGGAGAGGAUGAAGUGUUACUCUGAAGAUCCUUUGAAGGCGAUGAGAUUAUCUACCAGUUUUAAUGUUAAAACUGAGAAGGUUUCUAAUUGGAGAGAUUUUCUCAGACUGCAUUGUUACCCUCUCGAAGACUAUAUUCAUGAGUGGCCCUCUAAUCCUCCUACUUUCAGGGAGGUGGCGGCGGAGUAUAGCCGGAGAGUGAGGGAGCUGGCGGUGAGGCUGCUGGAGGGGAUAUCGGAGAGCUUAGGGCUGGAGAGGGAGUACAUAGUGAGGGCGAUGGGCGGGCAGGGGCAGCACAUGGCCCUCAACUACUACCCGCCCUGCCCGCAGCCGGAACUCACCUACGGGCUGCCCGCCCACGCCGACCCCAACGCCGUCACCGUCCUGCUCCAAGAUCAGGUGCCGGGCCUCCAGCUCCUCAAGAACGGCCGCUGGAUCGCCGUCCACUCCAUCCCCAACACCUUCAUCGUCAACAUUGGUGAUCAAAUCCAGGUGAUAAGUAAUGACCGGUACAAGAGCGCGCUGCACCGGGCGGUGGUGAACUGCAGCCAGGAGAGGAUAUCGAUCCCGACGUUCUACUGCCCGUCGCCGGACGCCAUCAUUGGGCCGGCUCCGCCUCUGACCGACGGAGAGGAUCACCCACCGGCGUACCGGAGCUUUAAGUACGACGAGUACUAUCGCAAGUUCUGGAACCGUGGGCUUGAAGUUGAGACCUGUUUGGACAAGUUCAGAGCUAUUGCCCCUCCUCCCCCUACUUAGUUUAUUUUAAUUUAAAAUAAAAAUUAUAUAUAUAUAUAUAUAUAUAUAUAUAUAUAAUUGGAAUAAACAUAGAAGUUUCAAAGCGAAAUUUUGAAGCUUUUCUGUAUCCGUAGGGGCUACGUACGUGUGUUUUUUUUUUUGUUGGUUAAUAAAACUUCUUAUGCUAAUUCAAUCAAAAA